AUGACAAUGGUGGGGAAUUUUGUAGCUGGUCUGACAAAACAUGAAGAACCCACCCUAUGCUGGCAUAAACUUGCUACCCCCGGAGGCGCAGUUGUGGAUACCAAAACAGUUCCGUUAAAGAAGAUCUGGAGGGUCCCUGUCGACCUGAUGCUGCUUGAGAUGAACCAGGAGGGGAUCCUACUACUGCGCCUCAAGGAGAAAGGGAAGGAUCGUGCUAGAAGUGCUGUCUAUUCGCCCACUGAUGCCAAAACUGUUUGGCGGCAAGAUCAUAGGCACAGCAACCCGAGAUAUGGUGUUCCGGGCGAGCUCACUCCGAUCCUAAUAGGGAGGAGAGUACUGCAUUGCGCGAGACGCGGCUCAAACCGUGAGACUUUUGAUCUUGUUGGGAUCGACUUCCGAGCCAGCAAACCUACUGUUAUUUACGAAUCAUCCGCCGUUGGGCCGAGGAACUGGGCCCAUAAUAGGUACUGCAGAAAACUCUUACGUAUAAGUGAACAGCAUGAGCUUGUGAUGCUAAGUGAUAAUGAGAGGUGGGUUGGAACGGGGACGAUUUCGAUUCUGAACGGUGAAAACGGCCAACUCCUCUUCCAGUUUGAUGGCGGGCCAACCCAUUUCUCUGAUCGAAACAUACUGGUCCAUCGGGCUUUUAACCAGUUUUCAAUCAAAUCAGUGCCAGCACGCGUCCGGCUAGGUGAUGCUGUACAGCCCUGGGAAGACCAUGCCAAGGCAGUGAGGGACUUUAUCAUUAUUCAGACGUUUUCGUUCACCUUUUCUGGGUCUGAUAGCAGUCGCGUCAAUAUACUCAGGUUAGGCACAGAUGUGAUUCUCAGCCCAUGCAAAGAUUACGCGACUGGCAUUCAGCCUUUUACGAAAGCCGCUGUCGCGCUACAGUCCGACGGGAACACUCUUCUGAGCCAGCGGAUUCUGAGCUACCCACUUGUCGAAACAAAGGACCGCCAUCUCAUUCAGAUGGCAGAAGCAGUGCUGAAAUCAUCCUCUCUUCCGGAUUCAACACCUCCCGAUUUGCGUCACUGUUUCAUUUUCCAGCAACCCGGGGCCAAGAUUAGUCUGAGGCCAUCAUUAAGGCAACCAGGACUACUAGGCACUCCGCCAGAUAUUCUCCUGCGCUCUGUCGGCGGUUUUGUUGAUAGUGGGCGCCUUUUUUUGGAAGCAUCUGAGGCCCAAGUUCUGCUGGAGUUUUAG